AUGAGAAAAUCCAGCUCAGGCCGGCAACGAGCCGGCUCAGAAGCAUCUUCAAGGUCCGAGCGACUGAGACAUGAUGAUCAAGACCCUUCCAAAGGACGUUCCGCUGCAGAUGCGAUGACCACUUCCUCUUCACGCCGCAAGCCCAGCCGGCGCGACCAACAUGAGGAGCGCGAUGCCACUGAUGCGACAACGAUCACCGACGAACCAUCACAGAUAUCUGAUCGAUCCCGAAAUGAUUACCGAAAUGAUUCGAGAAUAGAACCCGAACCCAGUGACACACGGCGACGGUCAAGCAAGACCGACAGGAGUGCAAAAUACGAGAGGAGCCGUGGGGAUAAAGCAGACGACGAUUUACGGAGAUCAAGGAAAGAAGACAACCCUAGCGACUCUCGCAAAUCCAAUAAGUCAAAUGAGGAGGAUGGUCCUCGCAGUCACCGGAAUGAUAGUGCUUCUCUACCUCAGAACCAGUUUCCUGGAGAGUUCCCAUCCACGUAUUCUCAGCCGUACCGACCAUCUGGGCUAGCCGCAGAGUAUUAUGGUGACAACGGGGAAUCUGUAGCAUUUCAACCUGGUGUUCGCCCCAAUGCUCCAAAUAUUGUCACCAGCGCAGAACAGGCCCACCUCCUGGAACCGACGAUUGAAGCCAAACCUCCGCCUGAGCCGAGUAGCAUGGGCCAAGUCGGUGCUGCUGCCAGCUAUUUCAGUAAUGCCAACUAUAACGGCGACAUUAGACCACAGACGACGCCUUCCAAACCUCCUCAGAAGCCAACAUCAGGAUUCAACAAACCUCCCAAGCAUAGCCACUAUGGGGUGAGCCCUAGAGCAAGCCCGACCCCCCAAGGGAAUCAUGCACAACCGUUCGGGCUCGCUCCUGAUACAGUCAGCUCCUUUCCAGCUUCAGGCUCUGCAGCGAUCGGCGCAGCCGCAGAAUAUUACGCUGGUGGAGGCGGAGGGAUAUCAACCAGUGCAUAUCAAACGCCCAACAGACCCCCUCACGGAUCCCAAACUACAUCAACCCCGUAUUCCGCCCCUGCUGGUGUAGGAGGCUCACUGCAGCAUUCAAAUGCAGCUUUGUAUGGCGGCGCAGCUGCUCUUACCGGAGCAGCAGCUGGCGCCUACAUGUCUGGCCUUUCUCACCAUCAGCACUCAUUCAGCCAGCAUCAACCCCCAACCAACCUGGGUGGAUUAGCCAGCGGACAUCCCCUGUCGCAAGGUACCCAGACGCAUCAUGCCCACCGGCAUAAGCAUCAGGGACUGUUCGGCCGGUUCAUCGACUGGUGGCGAGAUCCUGAUGCAGUGGCGCGAUUUGAGGAAUACACCGAGACAAUCGGUGUAUGCAAGUAUUGCUUCGACCCCAUGAGCUCGCCCGCCGAUGCGCCCCGCAGACAUGACUACCGCCGACAGAGACCAUCCCCUGGAAGCCGGUAUGGGAGUAUGACUCGAGUGGACAAGCCGUAUAGACACAGUUCAGAUGAAGAUCUUCGGCGACACUCAUCUGCCAAGAAGAAGGUGAUAGCCGGAGGCCUGGCUGGCUACGCGGCGGCGAAACUCGGGGAAGCAAUGGUCAAUCAGAAGCAUGGCUUUGAUGACACAUACUCUGUGAAAUCAGGCCGUCCUGUGAACCAGAGUCGAGUCAGUUUUCAAGAAGAGCAGAAAUUUCAGCGAUAUCAAGAUGGGCAAUUUGAACGACACAAUAGCCGCUACAGGGCCGGGAGGGGCAAAAUAUCUUCUCCCAAAGAAGGACGUCGCAAUCGCCGGUCAAGCUCGUCGUCAUCAAGCUCAUCUUAUCACAGAAUCUCUCGCGGCGCAGCAUUGAGUACUGGCAUUGGCGCCGCUGGGGUUGCUGUUGAUGCUGCACCACUUGGCGCGAAAUCCCGGCGACGAAGUCAAAGCAGGAGUCGAUCACCCACUUCAAAGAGGAAAUAUUUCUCGAAACGGGUCUCUCCGAUGCAUUCAUACGUCGAUCUCUCGACGACGAACGAUGGGCCAGGUGGUCUGAUGGGCUUUUUCACGAGCCCUUCGGCCAAUACAAGGAAGGGUAAAAAACCAAAGGGCCUGUUCAGUUUCUCAAAUGCCUCGAGUUCCUCAUCCGACGCAGAUCUACGAUUUGGAGAGGGAACCAUUCGCAGAAAGGUCUCUAAGAAGCGACUUCGAGAAAGAUACGGCAGGCAGAGCCGAGACAACUCUGUCACUGCGAUGAAAUACCUAGUUGAUACCGGUGUUGCUCUUGCUGACGAAGCUGGUCGAAGGGAUCCAAAAGGUAGGCGAAACAAAGACGCUGACAAGCAUACAGGUCCAGGCAUCAGACAUGGAAAUGGACGUCGAAUUUCCCUGGCCGACCACGAAAUUUCUGGCGGACGCGACGAUGAAUGGUAUGACAUAGAUGGCGAAGUUGACUCUGAAACCAGCGUGGAUACAGCAUUGGCAUACGGUGGAGGAUUGUCCGCCGCCCAGAGCCGCGAACGCCUCUCUCAAGGUGGCCCAGCGACAACGUCGAACUACAAUUUCAGGGAGGAGGAUCAGAGACAGUACCAGAACAGCUUGGGACAACCAAACUUUGGCAACGGGUCCUCCUUUCCCCUAUCAACGGUCGAAACGGCUGCCGUAGCGGGUGUAGGAGGCCCUCUGGGUGGCUGGAUGGCGUCUAAUGCAGUGUCGCAGAAAUCAAAUCAUCCAUCCGCUUACGGGUUGCUAGAUCCGAUGCAGGAAUUGGAACCUCGACCAAUAUCUGAUCAACUAUCAAAGAGUGCUUCUCCCCAGGCUACCAGAGUGUCCUCAACUUCUGUUCCCCUGCGGCAACCUCAACCAAUUGUCCCUGUCGCGCCUUUCAUCAACCACAAUAUUUUAGAAGGAAUCCGGCCGGAGGGACAGACAAGAGCCAGGGCGCAGAGGGAACCAAGCCCUGUCCCACCCGCGAGACAAGAUUUUAACCCGGCCAAGCUGCCUUCUCGAGGCUCGAGAUCCAGCGUUAAUAUCAACUUAAGCGACGAGCAGCUCGAGAAUGAAGGACGCGCCAAUAACAGGGACAGGAGAUGGAGAGACACUUCGGGCGAGGACAACCGAAGAACGUCCGCUGAUGCUGCCGUCUUGAUGGAGACCACCCGAAAACCAGUCGAGCCUUUACGUGACCAGACAGGAUCAAGGCCCAGGAGCUCGUCUGAAGCUAGUGGGAACCCGGUCGACACCGACAAACGAGUCGCUGAAAUUAACCGUGAAUUGGAAAAACUCUACCAAGAGCACCGAAAAGCUGAAGAACGAAAGCGGAAGGAGUCAGGCCUAAAGAAGGUUGUUGAAGGCGCUGUCAUCGGUUCGGCGAUAGUCGCGGCUGCAGAUUCACUUGCUAGUAAAGAUAAGAAGAGUGGGUCUCGCGAAGAUGCAACCCCUACACGAAAGUCGAGCUUGAAGAAGACGAGAGAAAAGGACACCUCGUCGCCUCCCGAGACGCAAGAGGACAGAAUAGCAAGAAUGACUGCUCAACGUGUCAAGUCAACACCAUCACCAGUUCAGCAUGACGACUAUAGCGCUUUCUUCGUUCCCGCGGAACUCAAAGAACAUCUCAAAGAAAAUAACGACAAGGCCGAGCAUCGAGACGACUUUGGAGCAACUGUGGUUGAAAUUGUCCCUGGAGCGCCCAAACCUAGCAGCUCACAUCCUUUCGACCCUUUUACAUAUCGACAGUUUGGUCUAGAAUUGGUUGAUGAUCCCUUGCUAUACCCCUGGCCUGUCCCGAUUCUUGGACUGAUUGAACCCACGCCGCCCGGUAGCCGGGUUCACAGCAUCAAAGGCGACGAAACACCCGUCAUUGAGCCCAAAUCGAAAGAGUCACAGGAGGAUAUUGGCGAACCACUUGAAAGGAAGGAGUCCAAAGUGACAUGGGGCGACCAUGACACGUAUAUUUACGAGGUUGAGACCCCGGAGUAUGAGCGAUCAGAUUAUGGCCCAGAGCCACAUAUGCAGGGGUAUAAACCUGCAGACGUCCCCUCUCCGGAUGAGGUUCCUGAAGAGCCAAUCUCGGUCCCCGACGAAAGGCAGCGCCGACCAAGUGUAGGUCGGGCGUGGACACUAGAUGAGAAGGAAGCAGAGAAACUCGAGAAGCAAGCGUCCUCUGUUGAUGACAGACCUCAGAUAAGCCGAGCUUGGACCGUUGAUGACAAAGAAGCCGACGAAAUCGCCAAGGGACUUCAGGAACGUCAGCGAAAUGAGGGUUCUGCAGGGACAACGACUCGCCAUGUUAUCAAGGAUGAAUCCAACACUCAAGAUAGCACUGCGUCCUCGAUUAACCUUGGGCCUGAAGAGCAGCUCGGGGAUUCGUUCUCAACUAAACCCGAUCAGACCAGUCCAAAUCAAACAUUCUAUCAAAGCCCUUUCGCAGAAACGGUGAGCGAUUUAGGCGUUACCGGGGUUUAUCCCGCGACAGUCCAACCCGAUACCAAGGCGCAAACCAUCUUCGCCUUGGAGGAUGGAGACGAGCGAACCGAACGGGACUUGCACGACAACGAGAACAUGUCUAACGGUGUGAGGAUGAGCAAGAGUGACCGGCGUCGUCGAGAGCGUUCCAGUUCUUAUGUAGAUGCGUUUAAGCCACCUCCAUCACAGCAAGCUCCUCCUGGGCCUUCGGAAGACAUUUCUCAGCAUCCAGUACCCGCCACCGACAGUAAACCUGACCUCGUCGAUAACAACACUGCAUCUGGCCCCUCUGCCUUAGGGUUGGGGUUAGGCCCAUCUAUCCUCCUAGCGGUAGACCAGGUAAUGAAGGACAACACCGCAAAGGACGGGAUUGGAUCAGUAAGCAGAGUUAAAGAGCAACCUUCGAGACCCAAGGAGCCGAGUACGUUUAAUGAUUCAAAGUCGCAGCGUUCACGGUCUGUUUCGAAAGCGGGAUAUCACUCAGAUCCCGAGGAAUGGGAACGUUUACGGGAGAAAGCUAAGAGGUCGAAAUCCGGUUCCAAGAGCGAUGUCGGCGUGAAGGCAUCCCAAAAACCUAAGGAUAGACGACCGAAUGGCGACGUAGACUUGGCACCGCUUCGAAGAGCUCGUACCGACGAUGAUCUCAACGAGAAUAAGAAAUCUGGAGGAAUCUCAAGGUACAGCAAUGGCGAUCUUGACAAAGAAACAAGCACUGGUCGGAGCAGGAGAGAUGAGGAGAGGGAGUUGCGAAGUAAACACCGUAGAGAUUCAGAUGGACAUCGUGAUGGUGAUAACCGCUCUGUCACGAGCAGCACGACUGACUUAAAAACAAAGAGGGAAUCUGGUGGCUUGUUCAGCAGCCUGUUCUCCAGCAACAAGAGCGAUGUCAGUACGUCCAGCAAGAAGAGCUCGAAAUCUUCGAAGUCGGACAGUCGAGCAGAUCGAGAGCGAUACGAUAAGUCCGAGUCUCGCAGGAAACGCAGGUCCAAGGACAGAGAAGAAUUAGACGAUGUCGCCUCUGCUAUCUCUGAACCAUCCGGAGGGAGCAGACGAGGUUGGGAUCGUCAAACCGGACAUAUUGAUCAGAGAACGGUCUCCGAUGAUCAAACUGUCGACGACGGAUUCGUUUCUGCUGAAGAGACCGCUGAAACACCAGUCAAGGACACUGCAGACCAAGAGUCUUUUUUAGGGAGAAGCCCCGAAAUGCCACAGCCAAUGGUCACGGAUACGCCAAUGGGUACUGAUGGUGUCUUGGGGCCAGUGUCCGAGAGACAACCAUCUUCACGGUCCGAAACUGCAACUAGUGUCCAUAUCGAAGGUACCAUCAUCCCUACGGAAGCUGGUCAUGUUGAAGCACCACCUGCAGCUUCAAUAGAAGGCAAUCAACUUGGAAUUGUGCCUAACAAGUCGACUCCUGGUGUUGACGAGGAAGUGGAGAACCCUGAGGCAGAUUCUUCACCCAGUGUCUCCCACGCCGCCGCCUCUCGACGCCUUUCUGCUAUACGAACAGGUGAUAUCCCUUCUAGCCUAAUGGUUGCUAGCUCUCCAACCGCCGUCCCCCUACAUUUCCGACGGCCCCCUAUGUCUCCGACUAACCCACGCUUCUCCAUGAGCUCACCAGUCAUGUCACCAAGCUCUCCGCUGACCACCCCUCGAACUCGUCAAGGACGACCAAAGUCGACAGAGUUUCGAUCCAGCAAAGAAUUCCGGCCGCUGUAUCUUGUGGAGAUACAAAAUUUCGCGAAAACAGCGACAUCCGAACUUGCCGAAGAAUAUCCAUCGUUGCCAUCGAGCAAAACCAGCUCGGCACAUCCGUCCAUGGAAGAUCUUCGAGCUGAAGCCCAGUUUCAAGACCUGUCUGAUUCCGUUACUCCGUCACGUGUCAGUGCCGAAAUGUUCCGCGACCGUGGCAGACGACACAGCUACUCGUAUUGGCAUGACAACGAGAAAAGGCGAGAUUCCCCAGACUAUCUAGAUUCUCGAUCGGCCACGCCAGUGCCCGGCGAUGCACAGAGAGCUCGUGAACAAGAACAGAAGCCCAAGCCGAAAUAUGAAUUCCAUUCACCAAGCGAGUUGCUUCAAGAUCCAGCUUUUUUCCACGACGUGGCCCCUGCGGAUGAGGAAGUUGAACCUCAUAGCCCUCUCCCUAGUGUCGCAAGUUCGGAGCUGGAACAGGAUUACAUGAGUGCACGAAGCAGGAGUCUAUCUCCGACAGGGUCGCGAAGUCGUAGUCGAGGUAGAAGGAGCGCUUCGAUCACGAGAUCAACAUCAGUCGCGUGGCAAGAUGGACUUAUUACCGCUGCGGCUGGAGCUCUCAUUACAUCUGCCAUGAUCGCUUCCGCCCAUCAAGUGCUCAAAGAAUCCCCGGAGGAUAUCACGACGAAUGAACUGGAAACGCCAAGAGAGUCGCAAUUCUUUGCAGAGAAGUUGACAGCAGCUAAAGCAAGGCCUGAACCUGAAGCAAUAAAUAUCGAGAAAGAUGGCGAUCCUGCGAGCUCACAACAGCCAACUCAGGAACAAUCAGUCCAAACAGCUGUUGAUUUACGUCGGGACCUGGAAUCGCAGGUCCCUAGUGAAGCCGCCCUGGCCACUGACGCUUGGCAAAACGUCUUCGCGGAGAUUCAAAAACGCAGACUUGACCCUGAAAAGAAAGCCGAAGACACUACCACGGUCAACACUGAGGGGCCCGAGAAACCGCCUGCCACCGAAUCCGUACUGCCAUCGACCAUAGAAGGAAUUGUUUUGACGGAGCCGAUGUAUGAUUGCCUAUCUGACCCAGGUAAGGCCACAGAAUCAACCUUAACCAAUCCCGACAAAGUCAAAGAGCCUGAAGAGGAACUUAGUGAGGGCCACGAGGCAAAUAUCCGUAUGCCAGCAAAUGCAGAUGAGCCUUUCCAUACUAAACAGGGUCUCGAUGAGCAGGCUGAACACGUCGGAGACUCAUCAGACGAUGUGGGGCUCCAAAUGGAAGGCGUCGAAGAGGCAGCACCGGGAUCUAGUGACGACCUGAAAAGGUCAGAAGAUGGAGGAGACAAGAGUGAGGACAACGCUCUUUUGGCCUUUAAUGAAGCCAUGUCGCCUACGUCGCAAGGGAACAGAGAGCAAGAUGAUGUCGAUGUCGAUGUUCAGGAUACCGAGGAGACUUUUGAGGACGCACCAGACACACAGCCGACACAAGUUACGCCGGAACAAGAGCCCCAAACACCUGCACAGCUAGAAGCCGUACUCUCUGUCAACAUCGAGGAGCAUAUACUGUCCGGUCAGGCAAUGACAGAGCAAUCCCUUGCAGAAGAUGAACGACAUUCUGAAACCCAGGAGAUCCUUUCAGGUAUCGCACAACCAAGCCUAGAUCCCUUAGAAGAGGCGUUCAAACAAGCCAUAGAAGCUCGGGGCUUGACUGAAGGUGCAACUGUCGAAGCAGCUUAUCAAGCAUUUCAAACAGAGAUUCCUGAUAUUAGGGAGACGCAUUUGUCCACCAUUCGAGAGGAAGGCGAUGCCCCUGGCCCUUCGGCAGAGCAAGGCUCAGGGCCGAUUGAAAGGGGAACCGAUACUGGACGUUCCAAGAGAGAUAAACGCAAAGAGAAGAAAGCAAAGAAAGCGGCAAUGUUGAAUAGCUUGCUGGAACCGGAUUUCAAGCCUGCAGAGGCUGAUCAGGAUCUUCAAUCUGCAACUGAGGAGUGGCAAGACGUCAAGACAACAGAGCCGAUUUUGUACGAAGAUGGCAUUGCAGGGGCUACUCCGGUUGGGGAACCUCCAAAUCCAUUUAGUAAUGAUUUCGAAAUCAAGACAAGCGGGUCAGAAACGCUGCCCGGUGGAAUCAAAAUGGAAUCAAAUAUUCCCAUGGCGGCUGGCGUUGAAUGUGGCGAGGCCCCCUUGUCCUCUAUGCUCGAAGACGAUAGCAGUGUGCAUGGUUCGAAGAAAUCAAAGAGGGAAAAGAAGGAAAAGAAGAGACAGCGUCAGACGUACAAUUGGGAUGAGGCUGAAAAUGGUGUGGAGCAGACCAGCCCUAGCGAGGCUGCCCAAGUUACUGAGCCAGCCGUUCAGCAACAGCCUUGUGCGAUGCCCCCCUCGAGUGAACACGCUCUGUCGACACCAGAAAUUCAUGACGAACCAGAGAUAGCCAUUACUCAUGCAGAACCCGCCCCACAAGAGUCAGAAGAUUUUCAAGAGAUGGACUCAAAGCCAGGCAAAAGGAAAAAGUCCAAGAAGAAAAAGAGUGUUCCUGCGGUGAUCGAAGAAACGACUGGGUCAACAUCUCAAGAACCACCUACUGCAGCCGCGCUACCUUCAGAACCUCAACUACGCACAGACGAAGCAGCUGAUAUGUCAAACCAGAACAGAGUUGCCACCUUCACAGAGCAACAGGUGCAAGAGCCUGUCGCUAUCGAGGAACCUCAAGCGUCUCUCGGAUCAUCUGUACCGCAACCGGUUGAUCUGACUUCUGCAGUUGUUUCGAUUGAUCCCUCAGUUCCCAUUGCUGCUCCAGAAGUUACUCGAGCCGAAACACCGCAAGUCACCGAGUCGGGAGAUACACAACUCAACAAUUCUCCGCAGAAUGACAAGUCGAAUGAUGACCCGGCGUUAGAAGUCACCACCGCUCCGGACUCGCAUGGAGCAGAAGAUUUACUUACAAAGCAACAGCCUCCCGAAGAAAGUUCUUGUGCACCAGCAGGGGAAUUAGAAGCGGAGACGUCUCCUGAAACGCCAACAGAUCUAACCGUGCCAGUAGAAACGGUCUCUUCUGGGGAAGGGGUCAAAGAAGACCCCGAAACCGUAGACGCAUCCGAGGAAUCUAUACCCAACGUUGGUGUGGCACAAGAUGAAGAAGCUGCGACACACCUGAGGCUGGAGUCCGAAGCUAUUCCUGUUACCGUUGGAGGGGAGCAAGUACACAACAAACCGCAGACCGCCCCAUUAACACCACCAGAAGUUGCCGGAGUGGAUCACACCGAAGAGCCCCUAGCAGUUUCAGAACAUAACCAGAGUCCAGUACAGUCUCGAGGUCCUGUUGAAGAGCCAAUAACCCAAGAAAUUGCCGAUGUCCAGCACAAGGCGACUCUGGCUCCUACUAAAGAGGCUCAAGCAAUUGGUGACGACUCCGGCUCUAAGAAGAAAUCCAAGAAACUCAAGAAGGACAAAAAGAAGCGUCAGACCUUGAUCGAUGAUGUCGUUGGCACGUCCGAUCUCGUUGGAGUUGAUAACGAUAAACACUUUCCGGAGAUCGCCCCCACCACAUCCCAGCCCAAGGUUGAAGGUGCAGGUAUUAUUACGCCUCUAGAAGGAGACAGGGAAGCGGUCGAAGAUCUGCAACUUGCAGAGGUCAAUGGCAGUUCAGAUGUCGAAGGACGGAGAGCACGCGCUGUCCGGCAACAAUCAGCCACAUUCCUUCCUACAGAAGUUGUGGAGAAGAGCGAUAUUAUUUUCGAACCUGGAGACUUAGCCGUUGAAUACCAAUCCGGCCCCCUAAUAUCGUCCGAUACCGAGAAAACAAUGGCUUUUGCCUCAGAAUCUGUCCUUGCCAAACUGCUCGACGAGGUUCCACGGUCCGUUGACACUACAGAGGCUGAAGUUGGGAUCUAUGGCCCUUCCGCUACCAAGACUGUUGCUGCUGAGGCAUCAGUCAUUGAAGCUCCAAACGCUAAGAUUCAUACUGCUGAGUUUCCGGUGGCUACCAUUCCGCCUACAGGGAUAGCAGCCCUCGAAUCUUCUGUUAAUGCGUCUAUUGAGGCAGCUGCUGGGCUUACUCCCGAGCCUGCUGGAGAGCCUACUCCUGUACCGGCUACCGACCCUUCAAGUGAGCCUCCUGCAGAAUCCACGCCUGAGUUAGCCACCGAACCUACUGCUGAGCCCACUACAGAACCUGCUAUUGAGUCUGCUACAGAGUCUGCUCCCGAGCCAGCUGCCGCCCCUACUGCUGAGCUUACUACAGGACCUGCCCCUGAGCCUGCCACAGAAUCUACUCCUGAAGUGGCCACCGAACCUAAUACCGAGCCUGGCCCUGAGCCCACCCACGAACCGGCCACCGAACCUACCGCUGAACCUGGUCCUGAGCCUCCUCCCGAACUUGCUGCGAAGCCUACUACUAAGCGUGGUCCUGAGACUUCUGUAGGGCCUUUUGCAAAGUCUGCCCGAGAGCCUGCUACUGAAUCUACUAUUGAGCCUGUUCCUAAGCUUAUCAUGGAACACGCCAGGGAAGCCGCUACUGAACUAACUACUGAGCCGGCAAGUGAAGCUACGAUUGAAGCUCCUUGUAAGAUUUCUGAUGGGCCUACUACCAAGCGAAUUAAUGAAGCUAUUACUGGAACCGCCUAUACUUCUGUCGAGACUGGUGAUGAAGUUGGAACUCAGGCUAGCAGCGAGGUUGCUGUUGAGCCUACUGCCAGUGCCGAACUAGCGGCGGUUGCUGGUAACUUUGAACCGACGACAGAGGAAGAUUUAAGCUUUCCAUCGAAGCGGUCCAAGCAAGAGAGGAAAAACAAGAAAACCAAACGGCAAUCAACCCUCGCAGCUGAAUCGAUUCAACCUGAACCUACAGCAAGUGACAAGUACGAGGUAACGGAUGAAACAGAACCAAUCUUUGAAAAGCCCACCCUACCUGAAGGAGACGUCCAAGGUACUGCAGCUAUAAUUGAAGGUAAAGAGGCCGAAGACCUGGCAUCAACGUCUGUGACGUCAAAGAGAGACAAGAAGAAGAAGAAGAAGCGGCAAUCGACUCGUGCUACUGAUUUGCUCCCGUUAGAGACUGUGGGGAGCUCUAGCGGCAAAUCGACCAUUGACUCGAAAACUGUGACCAAGUCUCCAACCAUCCAGACAACGGCAGAGGGAUUAGAGCCUGCUCUAGAACGGGUCACAGAAGCUGGCCAAGAGAUUGUUCCAUCCGAGUUUGAUAUACCACUUGUGGAAGGAGACUCCGAAAAUAUUCAGGAAGAGAACUCGAUAUCCGUGCCUACAAAGUCAAAGAAGGACAAGAAAAAGACAAAAAGACAGUCCAACAUUGAAUUUGUGAGUCCUGAGCCAGCUCUUGGGGGCCCGAGUGAAGAAACCUCUCAAUCAAUAGCGGACAAUGUCGCCCCACCUUGUAACGUUGAUGAAACACGAACGCCGGGAGCGUCUGAAGACUUCGGUGUUGAGAACGGCCUUACCACCCCCGGAGAUCAAGCUGAAGAAGUGUGGGCUCCUCCAGGCAAGAAAAAAAAAAACAAAAAGAGGAGCAGCAAAUUGACACUGGACGAGACCGGUCUACCUGGGAAUGGCGAACAGGUCGGCCCAGAUGAAGCUCGAUAUAUUGAAAGCGGCGUUGAGAAUGAGGUCGGGAAAAACAUAUCAGGCCUUCCAGAAAACCAGACAACGUCUGAAGCUGCAGAGCACCAAUUAUUCGCUUUAGCGGAUGCAGAGGAAAGGGUUGCCGAUACCUCGACGGAAGAAUUGAUCCAAAGUCAGCUGAAAGAGCUCGACAGCCAACCUCAGGCAGCUGAAAAGGUGGAAGAAUUGGGCAAGACACAAGGCGACUCUAAGCAGACCAAUUCCAACCUCGAACAGCUGCCGCAAGGGGAAUCCGAACUUCUGAGCGUUCGUGAUAGGGAUGUGUCCGAAAUGACAGAGCCACUCAUAGGAACUCCGGAAGAAGAUCUGACGAUUUUCGGACCGACAGAGACGGCUUCGAUGGAUCAGAUGUCCAGAAAAUCGGGCAUUUCCCACAAGGAAGCGAAGAAAGAAAAGAAGAAAGCCCAUCGAUUUACCUCAGAGGAGCCCGAAGGAAAAGAAGCAGUCGAGACACCAAUGGAAAAUGAUGGUUCCUCCCGUACCGCUGCAGAAGCUACUCAGCUUAUCACCGAAAGAGAGUGGCCAAUCUCACAGAAAUCCAACUCAGAGAAUAGUGAAAAGAAAAAUCGACAAGUUACCUUGGACAACGGCUUCGCUGAAUCUGUGCCUAUCACGCUAGAAGUUGAGUCUGCGCAUGUAGAACGCCCAAACGAAGCAGUUCCACAAGCUCCUCUCAAAGAACCUGAACUGGUGGAAACGAUGGCCAGCCAGACGCAGUCUGAAAUAGAGGAUCGGGACCUCACCAAGGGUAACAAAAAGAAGAAGCGACAGUCGACCUUUGCGGACAUUGCGGAGCCAACGGUUUCAGCGGAGGCAUCAGCCCAUCCAACCUUCAUUACCGAAAGUGAACAUUCCGAGGAGAAGCCUUUCUUCGCGACAACACAGGAAGAUGUUCUAACCUCCGCACAACCAGAACAUCCAGGAGAAGUCCAUCGUCCUAAUUUUAACCCUACCAAUACUGAUUCGAAAUUCAUUGAUGAUGCUGGACUACAAAGUGAGACGUUGGUCGAGGCUGCGCCCGCAAAGGACGGUACAGUCACCGAGAACCGAGAACCUGAGGCAACUGAAGCUGAGGAUCCUUUUACUCUGCCAUCCGCUGACAUUGAAGAGAGUGACAGCCAGAAGCUUCAGCCAAUUGACCGGAUUGUUGCAGAUGUGCCCACCACCACACCCCUCCCAAAAGAGAGCAGAGCUGAUGUUGCCACUGUUGUUAUUGACUCUGCAGAAGCUUCUGUGGAUCGUGGAAUAACUAUCAUCACCGAUCGCGUUGAAGAAGCCCCGACAUUAGUGGAAACCGAGCAGGCACAUGGUGAAGAAUCGUCGACGCCAGACACCCUAAUGGCGAUUGAAAAGACGCCAGCGGAAAUCGCAAAAGAAAAUCUCAUGGAGACGCCAGUAGCAACGCCAGCCGCAGGGUUGCACUCCGAGGAACUUGCCACCGCAGCUACCGCGAUGCCUCUGGAGGAUGAGAAGCCGCAGUUUCAGGAACCAUUGCAGGCAGAUACCCCAACAUCUCUUCACGGCAUGCAACAUGAGGCUGAAACGAUAUCUACCUUAGGGGUGCCGAGGGCAAUACUAGACGUGAAUCUGCAGACUGAGGAAAUAGCCGCAGCCGGGACCUCGUCUCCGCAGUUCAAGAAGAAUAAGAAGAAGAAUCGUCGGGCCACAUAUGAAGAGCCCAUUCCCGAGUCUCAACAAACCGAAAAUGAAGGACCUGACGCCAAGGUGGAAGAAGCGGAAACUCUAGAUCAGCCUCCAACUGCGGCGCAAAUGAGUGACACAGUUAUCGAGGAGGAAAUGAUCACUUCUGCCGCAAAGCCAAAGAAGGACAAGAAGAAGAAGAAGAAGCGGAAGACACUCUCGGCUGGGGACGAGGUGAACGAACAACAGCCGACGGUUCAAGAUGGUAUCGGAAAAGUCGAAGAGGAGACAGCGAGCGAACCUCGGCCUUAUACAGAGGCUCCCGCAGAGUUAAUCGAUGAAGCAGCGCUAGAAUCAGAAGUGAAACACAACGUCGCUGGAGAAGCCGUGGAGAACGCGGCCAAAACGUGUCUCGCUGUGGUCGAACCUACGGGAGAUGUUUCCCUAGGGCCGGCAAAAGAAGGUCAAAAAGUGAUGCAGACUUCCCGGUCCGCCGCAGAUGAGAUGGAUGCAGUUUGGGAACACAAUAUGCCGAGUCUUGGCGGCGAAACCGCGUCCACUCCCGAAAUACAAUCUGGAAUGCCAGAUGGAACGACUGGGAACAUGCGUGAGGCCGUUCCUAUGGUAGAGGAGCCCGAGAUUAUCACGUCCGGAUCAUCUACAGCGAAGAAGUUAAAAAAAGAGAAGAAAAAAAGCAAGAGGAAAUCGCCAUCAGCAGAGGAGCCGGAGGUCAGUGGCGUUGGUAGACCAGGAACAGAGAAUGAAAUAGAUACAGCGCGAGAUGAUGAGCCUGCGGGCCAGAGCAAAUCCCUGAGUGAAUCGAAAAUUGAUGAGAUCCAACACGAAAUCGAAGGGGCGGUCACCAUCAAAAGGUCGAAGAAGAAAAGCAAAAACAGCAAAGUCUUAGCAGCAAGUGAUGACUUCUGGACACCGGGCACGGCUACACCAAAAUCUAAUGACGAAUUCGCGUCUGCUAUGCAAACACCAAUUCGACGGACCACGUCACCAGAACUCAUGGACUAUAUCAAAGCGGAAGAAAUCCCUGCCCCUGCACCAGAAAUUGACACUGCUGACUACUCUGAGCAAACGCCGAGCAAAAAAAAGACGAAAAAGGACAAAAAAAAGAAGCCUUUUUUCGCUUGGACAGGGGCUGAUGAUCAGACAACCGAAGAUACCUCCGGGAUAUCGACUCCUGCACCUCUUCCUGGGCCAGAAAUAUCUGAGUCUAGGGAAGAUCUCGAAAGUGCAGCACUUACUGGCAAGUCGGAAACAUACAACGCUAAAAUGGAGCCCGAAACCCUAGCGAUACCUGCGGAGUCACAGGUGAUGAAGACCGGGGACACCCUGGAGCCAACCGGCCCUGUCGUUGAGCAAGAACCGGUCCGUUCUGAGAGCUACAUUAUGCUUGGGGCAACGACUGCCGAACCAGAAGGGUCCAGGUUAGAGGACACCCACGAGUUGACGGUUCCAUCCGCUCGGCCGGAAGUGACACCUGAUCAGCACACUCUGGGCAAGGAGCAUGACCUAAUACCUGUAUCAGAUCAAGCUCGAUCGUCGUCUCCCGAAACCGAGCCACGAGGUGAUGCAUUGCCACGUGAGAUGGACAUUGAUUCCGCGAAGACCACCUUCAAUAUCGGAGAAGCUUCGUUAGAAGGAGCAAUGGAUAUGCCUAGGAUAUCAGUUUCGACUGGAGUCACGCCAGUUGCCGAGUCAAAAAAGGAUCGAAUAUCUUCGUUAAGGGACCCAAACGAUUUUCCCAUGAAAGACAAACACGUAGGGGUUGUCACAGCCUUCAGUGAGGUCCCAGAAACAUCCGACCUUCGGCGAGGAGUAUUUAACGCUAUUGGUAUCACGCCAGAAGAAGAAUCGACCGCUGCUGAAGCUAACGAAGAAGAGGCUGUUAUAACCGCCAGAAUUGCUGGUUCAAAGGACAUGGAUGUUGAGAAAGGUCCCCAUGAAACUGAUUUCGGCGCUGGCAGAGACACUUCAAAAAGCAAAAAGAGCAAGAAAAAUAAGAAGGCGAAGAAGAAAAGUAGUGUGUUCAAUGGAACUGAAGAUAUCGAGCCACUAAAGAUGGAGCUUUACCGCACGGAGGACAGCACGGAGGAGACUCGGGAUCCUGGACUCAACGAAUCUGUUCCCGAAGAGGGCAUGGAAAAUUCCCAUGCACCAGAAAGCCUUCCAGGGAAUGCCGAUGAUUUAUCCGACGUGAGUACAACCACGCGUGAAAGACGAAAGAGGAGAAGAUCGCCUCCGGCAUGGGCGGGAGAAGAGCCCGAAGAUCUCCCAAGGGGUCGCGCUCUCACUCCUCCACCUGAACACGACGAUAUCAUGGAUACUGCCCUUGGUGUUGCAGCAGGACUUGGCUUUGGUGCUGGAGAAAACGAGCCUACGCGAGAACCUCCGCCAAAGCCGCCGUCACCAUCUCGGCAGCCAUCUGCUGGGUGGUCUUCCGCUAAGCCUGGCCCUAAUACGAACCUUGCCCAUGCAGACUCGAACCGAGACAGCGGUGUCCAGUUCGAGUCGCCAAUAUUGUCCACGGGCCAAUUCACAUCUCAGAGGGACAGUGGCUUUGUACCAAGUCCCGGGGUUCAACACGGGGACUUCGGCGAUCCCAGGAACAACAACACGGAGAUGAACCUACGUCCACCGCGACCUCAAUCACCCACGAGCUCGACCGAGGAUGUAUCUAAGGUCGUGACGAGCAGGAAGAACAUCGACCAGCCUGCUAGUCUAGAGACACCGAGAAGAAAGCCUUCACCCGUCGAAUCCACUUCGAAGGACAGAUCCUCGGUUUUAUUCAACUCUUCUCCCGCGAUGCCCUCUUCCCUCAACACGGACGUCUAUACCCGAAGUCCUCAGCCUGUGGCAAGUCCUCUCCGGAGAAGCCCCAGUAUUCAUGGUCACCAUCAUAGCCGAGAGGAGCUGAGGCAACAAAAGGCCAAAAUCUCACCGCACCACGAAGACAGUGACCAACUUGCGUCGAAUCUUAUUGAUCGGUCAGCUGCAGCACCAGUGAGUCGCUCGGCGUUUGAUUCGCACUCUUACAGCAACAUCAAUCGACCCUAUUCGCCCGUUAAGUCACCACUAAAUGCCAUCAAUGAAGACUCGACCGAGCCGACUUCAAAAGCGCAUCCGUUCUCCGAUCUCCCUGCCUCUCUGACGCCUCGACAUGCCGCUGAAAACGACAGCCUUGCUUCAGCUAGUUUAGUGGCUGUGGCUGGGGCGGCCGCAUUUGCGGCCGCCUGCCUCCCCUCACGUGACUCUACAGUACCUGGCGCUAAAUCGCUUGGCAGAAGCAAGUCCCGAACCUCAUCGUUGCGCAACCUGCGCAGCGCUUCAAUCUCCCCGUACGACCCAGCCAACUUCGCGUCCGGGUCAUCGCAAGGUCCCGUCAAUGCUCAGAACACCGGCAGAGCUGCUGUUCGGGAAAGGGAAAUGGCAGAGGUAUACGACGGGUAUGGUUCAUACCCGGGCAGUCCCAGAUCACCAACACGACCUCCGAGUAUCCGACAACGACAGAGCAUGCAUCAAAUAAGGGAUCUUGAGGCCAAGUUAGACCAGCUCGCAAGCGAGAACCGCGCCUUGGCCGAAGCAAAAAUUGUCACGGAACAACAACUCGAGCAAGCUCAUUUCGAACACAAUCGAUCCGAAAAUGCUACCGUGGGUUUCAACGCGCAGAUUCAGGAGCGGGAUGCAGAAAUUGCGCGUCUCAAGCAAGAGGUUGCAUCGCUGAUCGCAACACACGAAUCAUUAAAGAAAGAGCACGAACAACGGUUGGUUAAUUUCAGGCAAGACUACGAUGAGGCUCAAUCACACUGGCAAGACUCCUUAAAAGAAUUGGAAACACUUCGAUCAAGGCAUAACGAGCUGUCAACUGGGAUGGAGUCGAUCGUGAGACAUGAAAUCGACACAGCCUUGACAGAGAAAAAUGCAGAGAUCCAACGACUUCGGGGGGAUCUGGAAGCGGCAAGGGAGAAGAUCAAGGACUUGCAAUCUCAGAUAUUGUCCAAGAGAGCAGACGAUGUGGUUGUCUUCCACGACGAGGACUACUUCGAUCAAGCGUGCCAGAAGUUGUGUCAACAGGUGCAAGGGUGGGUGCUUCGGUUUUCCAAAUUUAGCGACCUGAAGCUUUGUCGGACCACAAGCGAGGUCCGAGAUGAGAAAAUUGUGGACCGGUUCGACAAUGCGAUAUUAGAUGGCUCCGAUGUGGACGACUAUUUGGCGGACCGGGUCAAGCGACGAGAUGUCUUCAUGUCAGUGGUGAUGACGAUGAUCUGGGAAUAUGUCUUCACAAGAUACCUCUUUGGAAUGGACCGUGAUCAACGACAGAAACUGAAACAACUGGAGAAGAAUCUUGGAGAAGUGGGUCCGUCGAGCGCGGUACACCAAUGGAGAGCACUUACACUCACGUUGCUGUCCAAACGAGAAAGUUUCAAAGCACAACGAGAAAGCGACACUGAAGCGGUGGCUAUCGAAAUCUUCUCGACAUUGUCGCGCUUCCUCCCUCCACCACAGCAUUUAGAGGAGCAGAUUGUGGGUUCGCUGCGCAACGUCAUGCGCACAGCGGUGGAAUUAUCGAUCGAGAUGCGCACCCAACGCGCUGAAUACAUCAUGCUCCCGCCAUUGCAACCCGAGUACGAUACCAAUGGUGAUCUGGCUCGGAAGGUAUAUUUCAAUGCAAGCCUGAUGAACGAAAGGAGUGGUGAAACCACAAGCAAUGAGGACUUGGAGCGUGACCAUGCCGUAGUUCGCAUGGUGCUCUUCCCGCUUGUUGUCAAGAAAGGGGACGACAACGGAGUGGGAGACGAGGAGAUUGUGGUAUGUCCUGCGCAGGUAUUGAUCGCAAGACCGGAUAAGGGAAAAAGAGCCAAAGGCUCGACAAGGCUCGCUAGCGGUGGCAGCGAUGCAAAGAGUUUGAGGGCUGUGAGCACGCAUAGUCUUGCUAUGAGCGGGAUUGAAGGGAAUGAGAACAUGUUCUAA